GCCUUUCCCACUGCYGUCACGGUGCAGUCACAGCAAUGAUGGCGGCCUUCGGUGUAGCUCGUAGCACUUGUGGACUGAUAAAUGGGUUGAGGGUCUCCUUCAGAAGUUUAGCGCAAGUAAAACUUGGCGCUACACCGGCUUCCCCGCUUCAGACGAGUCUCCAGCGGGACUGUCGGUGGUACUCGGUCAGCCACCUGUCCGUGAAGGAGAGGAUUGAGAAGAAACGGAAGGCGGCGUUGGUCGGCGGAGGUCAGAAGAGAAUAGAUGCACAGCAUAAAAAGGGGAAGCUGACAGCCAGGGAACGGGUUGAGCUCCUGCUGGACCCMGAGUCCUUUGUGGAGACGGAUAUGUUUGUGGAGCAUCGCUGCUCUGAYUUUGGCAUGGAGCAGGACAGUAACAAGUUUCCUGGUGACAGYGUUGUGACGGGCCGGGGCAGGAUCAACGGCAGGCUGGUGUAUGUUUUCAGCCAGGUAAAUAACAUUUAUAGUAGCAGCUCUGCUGAACUUUGUAAUAUUUCUAAUGAGCUCUGUUUGCUUUGUCAGGACUUCACAGUGUUUGGUGGCAGCUUGUCUGGAGCUCAUGCUCAGAAGAUCUGUAAGAUCAUGGAUCAGGCCAUGACGGUUGGGGCUCCUGUCAUUGGGCUGAACGACUCGGGAGGAGCUCGGAUCCAGGAGGGAGUGGAGUCCCUUGCUGGAUACGCAGAUAUAUUCCUGAGGAACGUGUUGGCCUCAGGAGUCGUCCCUCAGAUCUCCCUCAUCAUGGGUCCCUGUGCAGGAGGGGCGGUCUACUCCCCCGCCCUGACAGACUUCACCUUCAUGGUGAAGGACACGUCCUAUCUGUUCAUCACAGGACCGGAUGUUGUGAAGUCCGUCACCAACGAAGACGUGACGCAGGAGGAGCUCGGAGGAGCCAAAACCCACACGACUGUGUCGGGCGUGGCUCAUCGCGCGUUUGAGAACGAYGUCGAGGCUUUGCUCAACCUGCGAGAGUUUUUCAACUUCCUCCCACUGAGCAACCAGGACCCCGCCCCGAUCCGAGAGUGCCACGACCCCAGCGACCGUCUGGUGAAGUCGUUGGACACCAUCGUCCCRUUGGAGUCAACAAAAGCCUACGACAUGUUGGACAUCAUUCACGCUAUCGUCGACGAGAGGGACUUCUUUGAGAUCAUGCCCGCCUACGCUAAAAACAUCGUGGUGGGAUUUGCCAGAAUGAACGGGCGCACUGUGGGCAUUGUAGGCAAUCAACCUAAAGUAGCUUCAGGCUGUUUGGACAUCAACUCCUCAGUGAAAGGAGCUCGUUUUGUUCGCUUCUGUGACGCCUUCAACAUUCCCAUCAUCACCUUUGUGGACGUUCCAGGUUUCCUACCAGGCACAGCCCAGGAGUACGGAGGCAUCAUCAGACACGGAGCCAAACUGCUGUUUGCCUUCGCAGAGGCCACUGUGCCCAAAAUAACCAUCAUCACUAGAAAGGCUUAUGGAGGAGCUUAUGAUGUCAUGAGCUCCAAACACUUGAGAGGUGACGUGAACUACGCCUGGCCCACGGCAGAGGUCGCAGUCAUGGGUGCUAAGGGGGCCGUUCAGAUCAUCUUCAGAGGCAAAGAGAACCAGGCCGAGGCAGAGGCCGAGUACGUGGAAAAGUUUGCCAACCCCUUCCCAGCUGCUGUCAGAGGUUUUGUUGACGACAUAAUCGAGCCGGCCACGACUCGGAAAAAGAUCUGCAGUGAUCUGGAGAUGCUGGCCAGCAAGAAGCAGGUGAAUCCGUGGAAGAAGCACGCCAACGUUCCUCUGUGAAGCCGAGCCCAGCCAGCUGCACAUCGACAGGAAGUGACCUGCUGUGGGUCCUGACUGUUCACCACUCCAGCCCAGACACAACAUCCAUCCUGGACUUGUCACAUUUUCACUUCCCGUCUUCUUUUGUUUAAAGUAGAUUUUUGGAUUUAAAUGAACUGUUGUUGCUCCAUCAGCAAAAUCAGGCUACAUUUCUUUAUCAAAGGACAUUUUAAAUGAGGGAAAAAAAUAAAUAAAUUCAUGGUCAAAAGUCACAGGACACACUUUUAUUCCAGAAAGAAAAAGGUAAAAUGACGCAUCUGAGUACCCCAGCAAGUAAUGGUUGAGGGGGCCUAUCUUUGAAAAACUUGUCCUUGAACCAAGAUGGCGUCCAUGUUCCAGACAGAUGGGUCCCAUCACCUGCUGUGGUAUUCAGAUCUGACAUUUUACCUUUUUCUUUCUGAAGAAAAGGGUGUCCUGAGACUUUUGACUCGCCCUGUAUCCUAGAUCGUCGUGUCAGCAGUGGCCAUAUUGGCUGUUGUUGAUUUAGCGUUUUUGAACCAGACUGUCAAAAAAAAGUUCAAUUUUUUAAACAAAAAUGAGAUUGUACUUCAGUUUCUUGUCCUGUAAUGAUUAGAAAAGGGUUCAACUGUUUUUUUCCCCAGUGAUUUGAAAUGCACUUAGUAUUUAAAACUGUGCCUUUUUCUGCCAUCUGUAAAAUAAACAAUUGACUUCA